AUGGACGUGGACGUGGACGUGGACGUGGACGUGGACGUGGACGUGGACGUGGACAUGGACGUGGACGUGGACGUGGACGUGGACGUGGACGUGGACGUGGACAUGGACGUGGACGUGGACGUGGACGUGGACGUGGACGUGGACGUGGACGUGGACGUGGACAUGGACGUGGACGUGGACGUGGACGUGGACGUGGACGUGGACGUGGACGUGGACGUGGACGUGGACGUGGACGUGGACGUGGACGUGGACGUGGACGUGGACGUGGACGUGGACGUGGACGUGGACGUGGACAUGGACGUGGACGUGGACGUGGACGUGGACGUGGACGUGGACAUGGACGUGGACGUGGACGUGGACGUGGACGUGGACGUGGACGUGGACGUGGACGUGGACGUGGACGUGGACGUGGACGUGGACGUGGACGGGACGUGGACGUGGACGUGGACGUGGACGUGGACGUGGACGUGGACGUGGACGUGGACGUGGACGUGGACGUGGACGUGGACGUGGACGUGGACAUGGACGUGGACGUGGACGUGGACAUGGACGUGGACGUGGACGUGGACGUGGACUGACGUGGACGUGGACGUGGACGUGGACGUGACGUGGACGUGGACUGGACGUGGACGUGGACGUGGACGUGGACGUGGACGUGGACGUGGACGUGGACGUGGACGUGGACGUGGACGUGGACGUGGACGUGGACAUGGACGUGGACGUGGACGUGGACGUGGACAUGGACGUGGACGUGGACAUGGACGUGGACGUGGACGUGGACGUGGACAUGGACGUGGACGUGGACGUGGACGUGGACAUGGACGUGGACGUGGACGUGGACGUGGACGUGGACGUGGACGUGACGUGGACAUGGACGUGGACGUGGACGUGGACAUGGACGUGGACGUGGACGUGGACGUGGACAUGGACGUGGACGUGGACGUGGACAUGGACGUGGACGUGGACGUGGACAUGGACGUGGACGUGGACGUGGACAUGGACGUGGACGUGGACGUGGACGUGGACGUGGACAUGGACGUGGACGUGGACGUGGACGUGGACGUGGACGUGGACGUGGACGUGGACGUGGACGUGGACGUGGACGUGGACGUGGACGUGGACAUGGACGUGGACGUGGACAUGGACGUGGACGUGGACGUGGACGUGGACGUGGACAUGGACGUGGACGUGGACGUGGACAUGGACGUGGACGUGGACGUGGACAUGGACGUGGACGUGGACGUGGACGUGGACGUGGACGUGGACAUGGACGUGGACGUGGACGUGGACGUGGACGUGGACGUGGACGUGGACGUGGACGUGGACGUGACGUGGACGUGGACGUGGACAUGGACGUGGACGUGGACGUGGACGUGGACGUGGACGUGGACGUGGACGUGGACGUGGACGUGGACGUGGACGUGGACCGUGGACGUGGACGUGGACGUGGACGUGGACGUGGACGUGGACAUGGACGUGGACGUGGACGUGGACGUGGACGUGGACGUGGACGUGGACAUGGACGUGGACGUGGACGUGGACGUGGACAUGGACGUGGACGUGGACGUGGACGUGGACAUGGACGUGGACGUGGACGUGGACGUGGACGUGGACAUGGACGUGGACGUGGACGUGGACGUGGACGUGGACGUGGACGUGGACAUGGACGUGGACGUGGACGUGGACGUGGACGUGGACGUGGACGUGGACGUGGACGUGGACGUGGACGUGGACGUGGACGUGGACGUGGACGUGGACGUGGACGUGGACGUGGACAUGGACGUGGACGUGGACGUGGACGUGGACGUGGACGUGGACGUGGACGUGGACGUGGACGUGGACGGGGACAUGGACGUGGACGUGGACGUGGACAUGACGUGGACGUGGACGUGGACGUGGACGUGGAUGGACGUGGACAUGGACGUGGACGUGGACGUGGACGUGGACGUGGACAUGGACGUGGACGUGGACGUGGACAUGGACGUGGACGUGGACGUGGACGUGGACGUGGACGUGGACGUGGACGUGGACGUGGACGUGGACGUGGACAUGGACGUGGACGUGGACGUGGACGUGGACGUGGACGUGGACAUGGACGUGGACGUGGACGUGACAUGGACGUGA